CAUUAUUUAAUAUGGAUCUGAGGUAUUUUAUUACCGUAAGCUCUCUAUUUGUCUGCAUUAUGGCAAGCAAUUCUCAUUGUAAAGACAGCCAUAAUGAUAACGAUAAAUCUGAAAGAAGAUACGAUAAUUUUACUGUCCUUCGCAUAACUCCUUUAACUGAGGGACAUGUUCGACUUCUCGUGAAAUUCGAAGAAGAUUUAGAAUUAGACUUUUGGACUAAACCGAGUAGCAUUAAUAAAUCAUUCGAUGUGAUGAUUCCUCCUGAAAAAAUUAACCGAAUGAUAAAUAUAUUGAGAGAAAAUGAUAUAAAUUUCUAUACUCUUAAUGAUGACAUACAAAAGUAA